AUGAGCGACACAAAUCGCUUGGUAAUGCUUUGUGCACUCAUCACUUCGAAAGUGUUUGCUCAGUUCGACCCAUCUGAUUGCGGUAUCAAAAAGGGUUGCAUAUUUGUUCCAAUAAGCUGUCAACAUCACAACAUUUGUCGAGAUAUAUUCAGCUUUACACCUAAUUCGGACGACCAAUCGAUCACAAUGGAGAUUUUCAAUGUUGCUUCAAAUCCAGCCUCGAAUUACAUCGCCAUCGGAUUUUCAGAUGAUGAGCUGAUGGGUAGUGAAGCGGUGACGUAUUGUGCUUUCAACGAUGCGAACAUUGGUGAAGUACAUUUGUCAUACAACGAAGGUAAAUCGAAUGUGGCUCUUUUCAAAGACAAUGAACAGAGGAAUGACGAGAAAAUAGUCGAAUUGCUGGAAGCGAGUCGAGAAGAUGGUAAAAUGUAUUGUAAGUUCAAACAACGCAUCGUCGAAGAUAAUGACCGUCUUCCAAAUUUUAACGAAACUUACAAUAUUCUUCUCGCACAUGGAGCAACGCAAGAUCCUAGAAAACUGGUUGUGCAUUCGCUCCAAACAUCCUCUGAUGAUUAUCCCAUCGUGGCUCCAAACAAAUUCAAUGUUGCGAAGUUUAGCGAAGAAAAAGACACACCAGAAUCAUCGGAAGUCCACGUUGAUUCGAUUAUUUCAAAGAAAACAAAGCGUUUCUUCGUACUUCUUCACGGUAUAAUGAUGAUGACUGCAUGGUUAUUCCUCAUUGCUGCAGCAAUCAUAUCAGCGCGCUACUUACGUCAAUUAGCGCCCAGCAAAACUCCUUUCGGUUUACGUAUUUGGUUCCAUAUUCAUCGUGCAGCAAAUAUCACUGCAAUACUAGUGAUUUGGAUCGCUUUACUGUUCAUAUUCAUUGGAAAAGGUUGGCGAUGGACUGGCCCGGCGAUCGGUCGUUCUCAAGCUUCGAACACUUCACCGGGUGCUAUUCAUUCGCUUAUUGGUGCCAUAUCAGCUGGUCUUGCUACAGCACAGCCGUUCGGUGCAUUGUUACGAUGUGCUCCUGAAUCGAGAAUAAGGCCCAUUUUUAACUGGAUACACCGCACCAUAGGGCUGCUUUCGUUCAUUCUAGCUGAAAUCAGUGUGCUCAUAGCUGCCAUAUUCUUCCACGUAUGGAGCAGUCGCGGUUGGGCGAUAUUGUUGAUACUGGUUUAUAUUCUGAUUACGAUUGCUUUUACCGUGACCAUUGAGGUGAAAGUUGUCGCGUUCAGAAAGCGACGUGAACUAUCGAAAAUGUCAUCAUUCGAGAUGAACGCAGCUGAUCAACGCCGUCAUGAGAACGUGCACGACAAUUUAAGAAAUACUACCGAACGAAAGGUUGUACUUUGCGAGAGGUUUACCACAAAUAUUGCUCAGGCUUUAUGA